GAUACUCUCAGAGGCAAACCAUAUUACCAGCCCCGGCCAGGAAACCUCUUCCCAGACUAGUGCAGACUGGAGAUCUCCCCUUUCUGAGACCCCUCCCCACUUCAACCAGGACCAGUCAACCCCUUUCCAAAUUCCUCCUUUGAAUGUCAAUAAUCAUCCUGCUCUAAAGGAGGGAAGGCAGCAGGAGCAGCCAAGGCAGCUCAGCGAAGAGCAAUGAGGAUGCUGUUACUCCAGAUUUACCAGGCUUCAGGAGAACACAGGAUCCCCCCACCUGCUUGGGGACUGACCACUUAAAGAUCAUUCCGAUUCCUGGCAUGUGUCAGAGGAUGUGAGAUGGAGGGGCCCCCAGCCAGCUGUUCAACCACACCAGCCACAAAUCAGCCAGUACAGACCCUGUGCCUCCAGGCUUCCCAUAGCAAGCAGACAACACCACAUCUCACUGGCCCUGUCAUCUUGCAACCUGAACAGAGUCUGCCUCCAACAGUGUAUCUGAAGGCCCUUACCAUCCCACUGUACCACCCAGUCCAGUCCGGAUGCUUCCAGCCAAGUCACUCGCUGGUAGCCAGUGGGAGCAGCUUUAGCCUGGAGAGCAGCAGCCUCCCCUUAAUUCUGAGCCCACUGCUACACUCAGACAAGACAGAAGCAUCCCAGCCAAGGAAGCCCCAGAAUCAAACACUGACUGUGAACAUUGUUGGGGCUGUACCCGUCUUGUCCCCUGCAGCCUCCUGCUCAAGCACAACCUUGGGAAGCCCAGGCAAGUCCCGGAAUGCAGGGAAGUACCUUUGCCAGCACUGCGGGCGGGACUGCCUAAAGCCCAGCGUGCUGGAGAAGCACAUCCGCUCCCACACAGGAGAGAGGCCUUUCCCUUGUACCACUUGUGGCAUUGCUUUCAAGACCCAGAGCAAUCUGUAUAAACACAGAAGGACUCAGACACACAUCAACAACACUCGACUGUCAUCUGAGUCUGAUGGCAGCAGCCUCCUGGAAGACAGUGACAGGCCGGGAGAAGGCCAUGCACAGCCCUCCAGAACAGAGCAGCAUGUGGAGGAAAAGGAGGACGUGCAGGAGGAAGAUACCUCUCCCAGUACCCAGGGAACUGGGCAGACGGGGCCCUCAGCUUUGAAUUCAUUUUCAUUCAAGAGCCUGGAGAUGAAACCUGAGAUUUCUCCUAGUCAUGGGUCUACUCUUGGGGCUGAAGACAAGGAACCUCCACACAGGACUUCCCCAGGGCUUCUUCCAGCAGCUAUGUCCCAGAGAUGGAAGAUGCAAGAGCAGCGAUCUCCAACAGCCAGCAGGCACAGUCAACUGCAAAGACAACAGGCAACCUCCUCCGAGAAGCACUGGGACUUGAAGGUGUCUGAAAACAAGCUGAAAAAAUGUGAGAGCACAGACUCAGGCUACCUCUCCCGGUCUGACAGUGUGGAGCAGCAGGUGCUGUCCUCUAGUCCUCUGCACAGCCUGUCCGAACACAGUAUGGAGUCGGAGAGUGAGACUCCUCCUGGUCUCCCCAAAGGGAUGGUAUCAACUGGUGCCAAAGGCCAUCCCGGGGAAAGAGCCACCGCCCUGAUGCUGGAGAAGAAGAAGCUAGAGGAGCACAUUUCCAAACUCAUCUCCCACAACAAGGCUGUGGUAGAUGACACCCAGCUGGACAAUGUCAGGCCCAGGAAGACCAUCCUCUCAAAGCAGGGAAGCAUCGAUCUCCCUAUGCCUUAUACUUACAAGGACUCCUUCCAUUUUGACAUCAGAUCCCUUGAUACCACUCGAAAGAAGAAUAAUACAUUAUGCUCUGUCAAAUCCACCUUUACUCCCCUUGAAAAAUCCAAACCUCUCUUCUUUCAUUCAGUCCCCACUCAGUUUUCCACCACUGUGGAUUGUGUGCCUGUCACAAGGAGCAAUUCCUUGCCAUUUGUUGAAGGCACCAGAACCUUCCAGGAAAAGGCAGGGAACCCUUGGGCAUCUUGCCUCUCAAAGCCAUCCCCAAGUCCUUCCUCCUCACAUCAUCUGCAUGGUGACAGUUCUGUACCCAGGUCUGUGGAUUUUCCCAGCAGUCACCCUCGGGCCCUGGUCAGACAAGCUGCAGUGGAGGAUCUGCCCCUAGGUCAUCCCGCUGAUAACCAGACACCAACGGAAGAUCACAGUGGUGGGAAAAAACUGAGUGGGGAGGGGACCUCUGUGAGAUGCAAGGUAGCAGGAAAGAAAUUCAAUCAAAGAAAACUGAAGAUGUUCUCCCAGGAGAAGUGGCAAAUGUAUGGGGAUGAAACAUUUAAGAAAAUAUACCAGAAAAUGAAAAGCAGUCAAAGUACCAAGAAGUCAAGGGAAACUAGGCUGUGUGACAUGAGAAACUUGGGCUCUGACACAAGGGAAGCUGAGAGUAGAGAGGAAUUGUCGGGACCCAGAGAUACCAGGGCCUCUAUGUGUGGGGGUGUUAUUUUGAGCAACCAGGUCAUGUCUCCACCAGGGGCAAAAGUUACAGAGCCUGACCCUAUUGGACAUCAGCAAGCCCAGGCAAUUUCACUGUCUGAGAAUCAGAGUAGUUUUGCAGAACACAAGGAGACGCCUCAGUUGGUAGGAAGCAGUGCCCGUCCUAGAGUGAACAGAGCUGGGUCUUCCCCCACGCUUAGCUGUAGCAUCACCUCCAAUAUGGUUAAUCACAUAGGUAGCCUGAACCCUUUGCCGGCUCCAGAUGGCAUGCACCAGCUGCUAAGGGAAGCCUGUGCUCCAUGCCCCCAUGCCCUCAGUGCUGAUGACAGGAAGUCUUUCACUCCCUUUUCACAAGACUCUUCCACCCUAGAUCAGGAAGCCAUCCUUCCCAGUGAUGGAGAGGACAAGGAAGGGUGUCAGUGGGCCCAAAUGGUUCUGAGGCUGCACAACUGUAGUCCUGGCAAAACCUUGCCAGAGUCAGAAAAGCUGCCGUCUGAGAGAAAAAAACUGAAGGUGGAGGAACUGAGUAGUAAAAAGAAUUGGGUGUUCCUAGCAUCAGGAGGGGAGGGGAGUAAAGUGAUUGAUUGUUCCUCCCCUGCAACCUACUCAGAAUCUAGGACGGAUAAAGCCCAUGGGGGAGAGAGUGGCUUAGAUGCAAGGCCAAGUGAAUGCAGUAGGGGUAUUGAUGGAUUGGAGAGACAGACAGAUAACAGUGAGGGUGGUGGGGCAGGAGAGGCCAUACCAUCUGUCUCAGAUUCAGAGAAUGUGUCAUUGGCAUCAUUUUCUGCUACUCUGGGGCUUGGAUCAACAAACAGAAAAGACUCCAAACGCUCUUCAUUUUGUGACUCUGCAGCCGUAGGAACCAGGAAGGGUCCUGAGCCCCCAGAAGGAAGUUGUUUCCCUUCUUUCAUUACAGCUACAAAUACAGCUUCUGGGCUGCCCAGUCCUCAGAAGGACAAUGUAUUUUCUCCAAAGUAUAUCCUCCAGUUACCUCAGGAAGAGACUAGAACUGAAUUAUCAGUUACCACCGACAAAGAACAGGAAGAUAUGUCCCUUAGAGGCAGCAGAAAGGCAAAUGAGGUUGCUUCUCUGGCUGGGCCUUUAUCUCUCUCCCAGGCAGAAUGUCCAGCAGGUGGGCCGGGGCCGCAGCUUAAAAGGGUAACAUCCACUACGGCUUUGGCAUCGUGUUUGUCUCCAAGACCAGCCCACUCCAUCAGUACGCUUACUGAGCUAGCCAGUGGCUGUGAGAGCCCCAAACACACCCAGCCAAGAGAAGGGAUGAAAAGGACUCCAGUGGGAGGAGACACUGGAGACACAACAGUCAGGAAGGUGCAAACAGCUGAGGAGGCAACAGGCAAAGCCACAUGCUGCUCCAAACAGAUCUCUGAGAAGAAGGUUUCUUUUGCCUCUGUGUACACCAGUAGCUUUCUCAUAGCCACUGAUAUCAAAGGGGAGGGGCAGCUCUUCCGGCAGCUCCAUUCAGGGAGUACCACUCUACUGGUGACGUCCACAUCUGGAAGAAGAGUGUCUUCUUGGGAUGCUUCUGAACACUUGCUUCAGGGCUGGGAGUUGUGUGAGGGUUCCUCAGAUGGCCAGGAGCAUCCUCCAGAAGGCUCAGAGGGCUCUCCCAGGUCACUGGAGAAUACCAGCAUAUGCCACUCAUUUGAAAGCUUUUACUGCCAUGCUCUUCCUGCCCAGCCCCUAGAUUCCCCAGCCUGGCCCCAAAUCAGCCUGACUUCACACUCAGGGUACCCUCGGAGCUCAGGGGCCAGGGGCUCCUUCCCUUCCCUAAGCGCUGAGCCUCGCCUUACAUGGUGUUGCCUCAGCAGGAGCCUCCCUCUGCCAGCAGAGCAGAAGGAGAAGGCCCACUCGGUGUAUUCUUCCUUGCAUGUCUGUGACAAUAACUCUGGGGAAGAGGGUGCAAGUUCCAGGAGGAAAUUCUCCUUUCUUGAUGUGAAAAACAUGACCCAAUCAGUCACCUAUGGAUUGACAAGUGGAAGCCUGAAAACACUGGUAUCCUCACUGUCGUGGGGGCAACAGAAACAAAAGCUGUCCCGGGCAAUAGGUGCAGCGAGAAUGUCUGGUGAAAAGGUUUCAGAGCCAGAGAAGAAGCGAGGAAUGCUCUGCAGGAGAGGGAAGGUGACUACAAAUCCUCCUGGUGUGAGCAACAAGCAGAAGAGAAAGAUCAACCCCAAAAGGUAUAAACGAAGUUAUCUACAGGGAUGCAUUCAUCUAAAAGCAAGCCGACUUCGGAAGCAGCGAAGGGCUCUGAGAAAACAGCACCUUCCUCCUAUGAGAGAUGGCCUUAAACAGUGUAAGACUUGUCAGCCUUCCUCACCAGAUCAAGCAGGUCCAAGUCUACAAGGGAAGUUAUCUGGCACAAUCUCAGAAUUGUUGCUUUGCUGUGAAGAUGACCCGAAGAGUGAAAAUAACAGUAAAAAUAACUCAGGAAACUUUUCUCACAGUAUAAGUUCCAGAACCUUCCAGGAAACAGACAAACUGCAUGUGGAAGAUCUGGCUCCAUCUGCUAGUGAGUGUGGUGAUGCCUCUCUUCAGAACACUACCACCACUUCAGGAUUACCUCUGCAAACACAUUGUGGCUUGGCCACAACUAAGGCUAAACCUUUUGCAUAUGACAGUGGCCUUGAUACUGGAUUGCUGUUGACUCCUUCCCAAGACACAUUGAAACACAUUUCAAUAGACUCAACUUCAAAAAGUUACUUAGAUCCUUUAGGGUCCUCUUUGGAUAGCAGGGGAAUAUUUCAUCAUUCUGAUGCUGUCACAUCUGGGUCUGCCAUUUCUGUUUCUUUAGGGGCCAAAUCAAACCACAAAACCCUAAGAGUUCACAGUGAUGAGUCUCAGGCCCAAGAUUCAGCUAUAGUCGUGCCUCUGUCACAAAGCAUCCCAAACAGAGAACCUAUAGUAGUAGGCAAAUCAUGUUCACCUUUACCAGAGAAACCCUCAUCUGGAUCAAGAAUUUCAUGCUCAGCUUCAUUGGGAAUGACUGGGAAGACUGAACUGAAGACACCAGCUGCAGGACCUAGUACAAGUAAUUUACAUCAGGUGACAGUGAGACCACAGACAUACUUUUCCACCAGUAGCUAUUAUAGCUGUGGGGAAAAGCAUGGAACCUGCAUAGAUGGAAGCGAUAAUGGGAAAAACCAAGUAGCUAGAAUGGUCACAGUUAAAGAGAGCUUCAUUGCUGCUGAUCCUGGAGAGUCCUCAAACACCUCUGGAGUAUCUGCUAAAACCCUCAAGAAGAGGAGCCUAGAAGGGAUGAGGAAGCAAACUCGAGUAGAAUACAGUGACACCAGUAGUGAUGAUGAAGACCGGUUAGUUAUAGAAUUGUAGAGACUCUAGAAAAAAGAAGGGUUAGAUUAUAAAAGAAUGUAGGGAAUAGAGAUACUUACAAACAUAAAUGCCACUGAGUUUACAGGAAAUCUGAAUUUUUCUCAUGAUGCACUUUAAGAUUAGGAAAAAAAACCUUCUUAGAUGCUAGAGACCAAGUUAUGGCAAAAGGCUUAUUACUCUCCACUGCAUGGCUCUGGGUGACAUUAGUGUGAACUAAAAACAACUUUGCGUCAGCAAAGAUAGUCACGAAGUUAUUGUUUCUGAAUGGAACCUGUAAAUAUUCUCUGUACCUUAACUCCCUGCUACAUUAAGACUCUCUUUAUCUUUCAUCUUUCCUUUCUCUUUAGAGUUUUUUCAAUCCUUUGCUCCCUAGAAGGGGCACCAUGACUGUUUACAAGUAUCAAAGAAGUCCAUAAAAUUAUGGUGGACCACCCUUCUCAGUCAGUGAGGGUCCUUUAGAGGUGAGGGAUGUAAGGUACACUAUCCUUAGUGUAAAUAUGUUUAGAGUAUAACAGGGAUAGGGAUUUGGGAUAAUUGAGUCAUGUAAAAUGAGUAUCAUGGAUUUAGAACUGGAAAGGGACCUUAGAGAUCACCUGAGAUCAUCUGAACCUCUUCAUUUUACAGAUGAGGAAACUGGGGCCUAGAAAUAGGAAAUGAUUUGCCUAGGGUUACAUAUUAAUUGACAGGGCAAGGAUUCAAACCCAGGUCUUCUGAUUCCAAAGCAAGCUCCAUUUCUACUACAAGGCAAUCCCCCAUUAGGGAAUGUAGGCCAAUUCUGGAUAAUUGAAUUCAGAUGGAUACAAAAACCCUGAAGUUUGGCUAUGAUAUCCAGCCCUUUUAGUGGGAGUUGUAAAUAUACUCUAAACACAUGACAUUAUGAAAUAAUGAUCAUUUUUAAAUGUUGCACAAAUGACCAAUACUCAUUUAUGAUCAGAUGAUACAACCAUGCUCUGCUUCUGUGGCAGCAGCCUUGUCUGUGGAGAACUUGAUUUUGCAGUUCAUCUUUGAGAAUACUGACAUUUAAAAGGGAAUUGGGCCAGUUUUUCUGUAAUGCGAUUUUGGGGUGGCGGUAGGGGAUGAUACCACAUGACUCUCUGAUUCUAUUUUUGUCAUAUUGUGGUCCAAAUAAUUUCAAUUAGAGGGUUAUAUUUUGCCAAUAUUCAAAGCUCAAAUUGAUACCCUGUUCAUUCAGGAGAAAGAGCUUUUAGAUUACUUCCAGAAGCAUGAAGAAUACAAAACUAAAUUGAGUUUGAUAAUAUUUUAAGUUUUAGUCAUUUUAUUUGAGGGGUUUACUAUGAAUUAAAUCUCUGUGUAUUAUAUAAAUCAGACCAGAAACAGAUUUUAAAAAAUUAAUACUCCUAGCCAUAUAGACAUAUGACAUUCAGCCUCAAAGAUUUACUAUAUUCUUGGUUUCUCUAAUUUAAAUGGUAUAGAAGAGUUUAAAGGAGUUUGCACUGCUGCGUUAUAAUUUUAUACUUGCCUUUGGUAUGAUUUUGUACAAUUUUGAAAUGUAUAUUAUAUAUUAUAUUGUAGGAUCUUAUGGGUUCACUUUCUUGUAAUGAUGCUUAUAUGACAAGCAUUUUGUAAUGAUGCUUCAAAGGAAAGAUGAAAAUGAAAAAUAGCUCAUGCAUCUGAUGGUGAUUUUGCAAUAAGUCCUAGCCCUUAUCUAUGUAUGGUCAACUUCCAAUGAUUUUCAUUUGAAUGAUCUAAUUUUAGGAUUACCUAUGCCAGCUCGCUCUCUUACUCAGAUUGUAUGUACUGUCAAUUAAUGUGUACUUAGAGAAAGCAAACUAACUUCAGUAUGAGCUAAUAAAAACAUAAUUGGGAGAUCAUUAUUCAUAUGACCUUGGGCAAGUCAUUUAAAUUCUCUGGUCUUCAAUUUCCUCAUCUGUAAAAUUAAGAGAUUGGACUAGAUCAGGGCUUUUUAAGCUUUUUCCCCUCACAACCCCUUUU